AUGUCGUCUACUAAAUCCAUUUUAGAUUUGGGAUACACAUUUAAUUCUGAGGGUCAGUUAAGAAAAAUAGGAGAAGAUGGGCAACCUAGUAACGAAUCUUUUGAAUUUAAUAUAAGUAGUGAUCAUCAAGAGUGCCAAGCGAAUUACGAGGUACUUGGCGCUGCAGUAACUGACCAUAUAUACCAUCUCUUAGAAACAGAGUUGAAUCUUAUAAGACUGCCUGUACCUAAAGGGAGUACAGAAAAAAAUGGGACUUUCAUCUUUGUCUCUCCCGAAUUUGAUAAGCAAGAUGUCUUAUUAGUUUUAAUUCAUGGAUCAGGCGCUGUCCGGGCAGGACAGUGGGCACGUUCGCUUAUUAUCAACGACUGUUUGGACACUGGCACACAAAUACCUUACAUAAAAAAGGCACAGGCGAAGGGCUACGGAAUUAUUGUGUUGAAUUCCAAUGACAAUUUCAGGGGGGAUAAUAAAAUUUCCCACAGCAGUAGUGCCGAGGAACAUGCCAAUUAUGUUUGGAAGACUUAUAUUAAACCCACUAAAGCUGCUAGUAUAUUAAUUGUUGCACACAGUUAUGGCGGAAUACUUACUGUUUUGCUAGCAGAUAAAGAGAAAAAGGAAUUUGAGAAACGGGUGAAGGCUAUAGCAUUCACUGAUUCCGUUCAUGGUUAUUCUGGUGUCAAAAUUUCUAAGUAUCUCAAACAAGUUUCAAAAAAUUGGAUAUCAAGUACUUCUCCUCUGGAUACUCCGAUGAAAACACCAGAUUUUGAUAUCACAAGAGUUUCAGCAGGUCAUUCGAAACAUGAAAUGACGUCCUGCAAGUGCAUAGACUCAGUUUUUAAAUUUUUUGAUGAAAAAUUGAAUGAAAGUUGA